GAGCGCGAGCCGGGUCCGCAGCCGGAACCCGGGCCAGGCCGGGGUUCGGGGCCGCAGGGCCGGGCUGCUCGUAGCGGCGGCGACAGAGCCCCCCAGUGGCUGAGGGGCUUCCUCCCGGCUCCCGCCGGCGGCUGGGACCCAGCCAGCCCCGCAGCCGGGGAUCGCGGGGAUCCCCCAGCACAUCCAGGAUUUGGCGAGCCCCAGGAAAGCGGGGAGGGGGCGCGGAUCCAACGCCGAGCAUCUUCCCCGCGGGGAUCAGCGGAGACCCCCUCUGUGUUCCGAAGACGGCGACCUUCCCCACGGCACCGCGAAGACGCCCUCUUCUGCCUGCGCCCCCAGACCCCGACCGCUGGGCCCCCGGCCGGGAUCGCGGGAACCCCCUCCCGAGACCCCGGUCAUCACAGCUCCACACCUCAAGACACGAAGACGCAGCUCCACACGCCCCUAAACCAGGGGAUCCUACUGCCCCCCAACUCUGGUACUCAGACACCCCAAAUCCAGGACCCGAGGACAGCAAGAGAUAGUUCUCACCAGCAAGAAGCCUCGGCGACCCCUUUAAAGGCCCGGGCCACGGAGCCCUCGCAUCUCGGCCCAUGACUGUGGCGCCCUGAGCCCCCAGGGCCGGGCGGACGAAGACCGAGACGGCGCCCAGGCCCCCUGCCGCGGCGUCCCCGCGGCCCCAGCCCAGCACCGUUUCACUGCCGGACACACCUCUCUCACCUUUAUCCUCAUCUGCCGCCAAACAGAACAGAAGCGUCUUCAGGACGAGGUGGUGCGUGUGGCUUGCAGAUGUAUUCCAGAUCCGAGAACAGGGCCAAGCACAUAGUGGGUGCUCAAGAAAUAUGGAUGGAAUGUUCUGGAACCACCCUGCUCCCCAAGCCCCUUCCUACCUGUGGACCCUAGACACAGCACUUAAUCAUUCCUUCUCUGAGUCUUCUCUUAGCGGUAAGAGAUGUCAUAGGAAUAAUAAACAGCUUCUCCUAAGACUGUUGGGAAGCUUAAAGGACUCAGUAUACACCAAAUACUUUUACGUUUUUUGGGUUUUGUUUUGCUUUAUUUUCUGUUUUUGCAGUAUUGGGGAUUGAACAGAGGGCCUUC